AUGAUUCAAAACCCUAAAUUGAGCGAUUCAAAUCUUGGAUCGUCCGAGGGAAGUAAACACCAAAAUCGCAAAAAGGAAGGAACUCACCGACUGAACUUGAGAGCAAUUGAUAAAAUCGAUGAUCCAACUGAAGCAGAAAGGACAGAGAACCUAAGAAGAAGCGGAGGAGCAAAAACCCUACAAGCUGAAACAUUUGCGUGUCAUGCGACAGAUAACGCUCCUAGUGCCCUUAUCUACCUGCAAUUGCAAUUUGCAAUGCAUUAA